AUGUUCCCUAGUAGUGGGACUGGGUCCUCCGGGACCCAAAAACCUACCAAACCCAUCAAGCGUUCAAGUAGUACUGCUCUAUCACCUCCCAGUGUAAACAAAAAUCGUUACUCACCUCUAUCAAACUUAAACGAAGACGACAACGAUGAUAAUAUGAGCUUAGUAACUCAAAGUGACGGUGAUGAAGCUCAUCAAUCUACUGAGGUUAGUCAAAAAAUACCACCUAUUUAUGUACACAAUAUAAAAGAUUUCGAAAAUUUUCAUAAUUCACUAACAAAAAUGAUCACCGACGAACUUUCGAUCACUCAAACCAAAUAUGCCUUAAAAAUAAAUUUGUCCUCAAUCGACGACUAUAGACACGUUACGAAAAGUUUUGACGAAUCUGAAAUCGAAUACCACACCUACCAGUUGCCGUCGGAAAAACCACUUUCAAUAAUAAUUAGGAACCUCCCAGUCUCAAUAUCUGAGGAGUCUGUAUUCAAAGCGCUGACAGAUUUAAAAUUCAGUGUAACCUCUGUCACACGGUUGCAAAAUCGAUCUAAAUGUCCUAUACCUAUUGUUGCAGUCUUACUAUCCAUAUCGUCCAAAGAAAUAUAUUCCUUAAAUAGACUUUUACACUGCGUCGUCCUAGUUGAACCUAGGAAACCCACAAAAGGUAUUCCACAGUGCACUAACUGUCAACGCUUUUCACACACUAAAAAAUUCUGUCAUCUCCCCCCAAGAUGUGUUAAAUGCGCCGGUGACCAUCAUUUUACCCAAUGUGUUAAGGAGAAAGACACUCCUCCGAAAUGUGUAAAUUGUGAAAAAAACCAUCCAGCUAGCUACAGAGGGUGUACUUAUUAUAAAGAAAUUUCUAAAAGCAAAAACAAAUUCAACUCUAAACAGCCCGUGAAUAAUAAAAAUAUUACGUACCAAUCAACCCAACCCAUCGUAAAUAAUGAGUAUCAUAAUGAACCGUUAUCAAAUGAUUACGUAAAUACAAAACGUAAAACUUACGCAUCAGCUGCUAAAUCAAACAUCACUACGGAUAACGACUUUCUCAAAACACUUCUACCUCUAAUAAACUCCUUUGUAAGUCAAUUAAUGCAGAAAAUCAUUGAAAGUCUGCCAGUCAUCAUAAAUAGUAUUAAUUCUAACUUAAAUGUUCAACCAUAA